AGUGAUUGUGUAGUCUUUGCUUGUUAAAGUUAUUGAUAUUUUGAAAAAGUGGCUUUUAAUCUUAUCCUUAAAGCUAAAUUAUUUGGUUUUUAAUAAAAAGUAAAAUCAGAUUUUGUAGUAUAGUAAAAUAUUAAACAGUCAAAAGAAUUUAGCAUACAUGAGCUUAGAUUUAGAGGAAGCUAACGAAACGCAGCAGCUUAUGCAGAAUGAAGGGGAAGAAGAAGACCAAAAAGUUUCACACCCUGCUACGUCCCCAGUUACUAGCAAUAAAUUAUCGAGUGGUGCGGUUAGUCAUACAUCGAAAAAUCCCCAAACAUUCACAAGUACCAACAAUAGUAUAAAUGAUUCUGCUAAGGUAUCAUAUGUUAACGAGAGAAGAUUGCAUCGUGAUUUUCAGCGGACUAACAAUAAUAGACCCAAGCAUAUGCCCAAGGAGACCCCAGAUGUGAAGCAUAUGGAAAAAGCAUUGCUGGAACUGUUAGAUGAUUUUCAUACUGGCAAGCUUAGUGCUUUUGGUACUGGUUGCAGUAUGGAACAAAUGAUUAACAUAAGAGACCAGCAAGAACAUUUAGCAAGGUUACAUUUUCGUUUAUAUGGAGAUGCUGAGAAACCAACAGAGGACUGCUUUGAAAAUACGGCAUCAAAAGAUAAAAUGACUCAACUAGUCCAAAGCUUAGAGCAACUAUCAACUUCUAUAGAAAUGUUACAAUCUGAUAGUGUUCCAGCUUCAAAUAGUAGCAAUAAAGAAUAAUUAUUGUUACUCAA